AUGGAGCCGCCUACAAUCUCAGAAGCGUCCGAAUGCAUUUCUCUACUCAAGCGUCAUCGUGCUGCUGGUCCUGAUGACCUUCCACCUGCUCUUUUCAAGGAUAGCGGUGGAUUCCUCAGCCAGUGCCUGUCUAGCCUAUUUGGGUUUAUCUGGGGGAAGGAGACCGUCCCAGACAACUGGGGAAUGCCUCGGAAGUUUGUAAACAUAAAACGUUCUUUGUAUUAUCGGAAUUCCGGACGUGAGAGUAUACGGAGAGCUCUCCAAAAGCUUCCGUACACAAAGCGGUGUCCGUCAGGGAUGCCCACUCUCUCCAUUCCUUUUGUGAUCGAUGAAAUAAUGAGACGAAUGCUGGAGGGUCUCCAAAACCCUGGUGUUCAAAUAGCCUGUGAAGAAAACCUUGUCGAUCUGGAAUAUGCAGACGACAUCGUUCUCAUGUUUGAAAAGGCGGAGAAGGCGCAAGUAUUGGAUGAACUGACCGUUGAUAUGCACUUUGCACCCACAAAGUAUAUCAUGCCGCAGGCUGCAAAUUUGAAGCGGACAUUUUCACUUUUAUUGGACUCCACAGUUAAGCUUGACUUCCUUUUGCCCAAUGGAAUCAUCUUGCCGUUGGAGUUGGAUUCAGAUCUGUCUCUUUACGAAGCGAAAGAUGAACUCUGGCUGAUGGCCGCCAAACAGCCGUUGUUUCGCGUGCUCCAACCGAAAGAACACUACAUUUUCUCUGGCAUAAAUAGUGAAACGGCAGACACCGAGGAGUUCUAUGAUCAAUCUCUGCGGUUACGCGAACUGCCUCUGUUGUUGCCCUAUUUGCUUGUGACUGAGGCUGCUCGGGACAGCACUUUGUUGGAAGAGAAUAUGCAAAACUCCGCGAUCUCUAAUUGCACAGGUAUAUCACAUGACGAUAUUGUCCGCGCCAGUGAAUUGAAUCCUGAGGUCAAAUGGACCCGCGUUCGAUUCCACCGUCUAGCUAAUAUGCAUCGCAAGCUCCUCCAGGACAGUGGUCCAAGUGGUCUAGCUCAGUACUUGACUGCGACAGCUCAGAGGGCGGUAAGCCGAUCACUGCAAGUUAUGCUGGACCAAAUGGGAGCUCUAACCGUUUCUGCUUGGAUCCUGGACAGCAAGGACCAGACCAACGAAAGCAAAGUUGUUGUCGAGUUAGGUAUAGGAGCAACCGUCCAAGAUGCAUUAACUCGUUUGCUGGAACUUCAGACCGAACUGGCCGAUAUUAACUAUAAGCGUCGGAGCACUUGCUCACAGCUGACAAUGAGGUCCGACUGGAACUGUGUCAAACCCCCUGAUGUGUCAGCAUAUUUACUCAAAAUCUGUUGUUCACAAGCAUACCUGUUUGACAUGUCGGCUCCGCUGGUGUCGUUCGAAUACGUACAGCAAUGUUUGGAAGAAGGUCGGCACCCGUGCCUCAGCCCAGUUUUACGCAAAGACGUGUGUGAAAAUUUAGUUCGCUGUUUGGGUAUCAGUAGUUCAACCAGUAUAGAGGAGAAAUCCUACAGAAACGGUACUCUGUCUGGACCUCGGGGUCUAUUUCGUAUGCGUGACAAAUGGAAAUCAGAAACUGAUGGUCCCUCGACUCGGAAGCGUGAUGACGUGCUUCGCGACUGUUCACCCUAUAAACAACUGGAAAAGCUCGCUCAAACUCCGCAUGAUCAAAUAGAGCAAGAUGCCUUGAGUGGGAAGGAUUUGGGCGAGUUAGGACCAGAACCAGUCUCAUCGCUAUGGCAACUCGGUUACUUGUGUGUAGAAGUGCGUUCUGCGAAAUUCCUUGCAGAAGCUGCUUACCUUUCAGCUACUCAAUCGACACCUAGCACUCCUGUGCUCGCUUCGCCAGCUGCAGCGUCCCUGCUUGCUGCAGCUGGUUCAUACGUUGUUCGGGUUGGGCUAUUUCAUGGCAGUCAAACUCUUAUCGAAUCCAAAACGACUAUGCAAAUGCCAAGUACCCAUUUAACUUGGAACAAGGCACUUAAUUUCCGUAUUCGUCUCGCAGACGUACCACCAACUGCUCGUCUUUGUGUCGCAUUAAUCAGGUUAGAUGAGGGAUCUCGUUCCGGAAACACAAUACGCAUUCACAGCCCCGUCAAAAAUCCCAUCCGUCGUCCAAUCCUCCUGUCUAGUGCAAUUAUUCCGAUACGCAUUCACAGCCCCGUCAAAAAUCCCAUCCGUCGUCCAACCCUUCAGUCGUAUAUUGAUGCCUAUUCACUAUCAGCGACAACUGUCACCGGUUCAUUGACGAAGUCUGAACGGUUGGCACAAACUUCUCACACUCCAGUCAUUUCUGCCGGUUUCAUCAACCACGUGUUUGAUACAGAUGACCUGGAGGAUGUUUACGACAGUUUAUUGGAUAAUCGCGGACUUGACGGGUCCAGUGCGAAUGAUGAUCCGACCCACAAUAUAAACAGAAGCAGCAAUGUGUCAAAUGAUGAUCCAUGUUACAAUGAACCGGCCUUGCGUGAACUGGUCACCCGGGACCCGUUGUAUGAGUUGUCCGAACAGGAAAAGACCGAAUUAUGGCAAGGACGAUUCUUCUGUCUGAAACAACUGCCCGAAGCACUACCGUUUCUCACUCAGUCCGUAUGCUGGCAUUGUCGUGUCAAUUUGAUGGAGUUCUACGACUUGCUCCGACAAUGGCCUCGACCAUUGAGUGUGCCUGUCGCGCUGCAGCUGCUUGGUGCAAUGGGUCUGAAUGCCAGUGCGUCAAUCGAAUCCGCGGCGAUGUUUAGUUCCACCACGGGGAAUGGGCAACGUGGCGGAGCUAGUGGUGUAGCGGAUGCCUAUGUGCGUGAGCUGGCUGUGGACAGUUUAUAUCACAUCACUGAUUCGGAACUGGCUGACUAUCUGCUACAGCUUGUUCAGGCCCUGAAGGCAGAAGCCUACCUGGACAAUACUCUGUCACGCUUCAUCCUUUUUCGUGCGCUGCGUAACCCACUUCAAAUUGGCCUGCAGUUCUUUUGGCUUCUUCGUUCCGAGAUCCACCUACCGGACAUGCGACUAAAGUUUGGCCUCCUACUUGAAGCCUUCUGUCAUGGAUCUGGACCAUUGUUAACUUUUCUCGCACGUCAAGUGACAGCGCUAAAGCGACUGGAAACCAUCAGCGCUCGAGUUAAGGAAUACGGUAAUGAAGAUGAACAGCGUGCACAGUUCCGCAAAGAGAUCUCCAGGGCUGAAGCACGACGUGAUCUACAGUGGCUCCCUUCGCCAAUGUGCCUGAGUCAACGCUUGGGUAAAUUGGUUGUUAGCAAGUGUGAUGUGAAACGUUCAAAGAAACGUCCAUUAUGGUUGGUGUGGACCAAUCCAGACAGACUAGCGAUUCAUCAUCUUAGUCAGUACCAGUUGAUUUUCAAACACGGAGAUGACCUUCGACAAGAUAUACUAACUUUGCAGCUCUUGCGAGUAAUGGAUCGUAUCUGGAAAAACGAAGGGAUGGACAUGUGUCUCGUACCGUACGGCUGCCUGGCUACGGGACCGGAAACGGGCCUCAUCCAAGCCGUUCGUGACGCAAAAACGGUAAUGGCCAUACAGCGCGAACGUCUCCGCGCGGCGCUGCAGAUCGACAAUACGCAGUUGUUUAAAUGGCUCACGCGUUAUGUUCGAAAAUCUCCGUCCGGUAGCAGCACACUAACCAACCAUGACCUAGGCGUUCCCUACGAUCGUUUGAUCCAAAAUUUCACGCGCUCUUGUGCCGGAUAUUGUGUGGCGACAUUUGUUCUAGGUAUUCGUGAUCGGCAUCCGGAUAACAUUAUGGUAGACACGAUUGGUCGUUUGUUUCACAUCGAUUUUGGCCACAUUUUGGACAAUCGAAAAAAAAAAUUCGGCAUCACCCGGGAGCGCGUGCCGUUUGUACUGACCAAAGAUUUCAUCACAGUUAUUGCUCACGGAAACGCAGACGUAGUGUUGGGUGCACCGGUCACCGACACCGGUGGGGGCGGAUCUCGUGACAUCCACCUGCAGAAAUUCGCCCAACUUUGUGCAGGCGCCUAUAUGUUGUUACGCAAGCAUGCAAACAUACUGCUCACGUUGCUCGCCAUGAUGCUCCCCUCGGGCUUGCCAGAAUUGACUUCGGUGUGUGAUCUGGAGCAUGUUCGCAAAACACUUGCCGUCGAGAUGGAUGAUUCACAAGCGUUGGCGUACUUCCACUCAAAAUUUAACGAGGCAUACUACGGUGCAUGGACUACAAAAAUUGAUUGGUUUGGGCACUGGAUGAACACGUAAGCCGACUGGUGUAUCCCUGCACAUAUUAUCUGAAAACCGGAAUUUGUGACCUAUGCUUGACUCUAUGCCUUUUUUAUAACUUGUACAGAAAAUACCUUCCUCGCGGACAUAAUUGACCUUACACUCGCUUGUUGUCUUUGCAGCAAUAAUUCUCAGAGCAGAUUAAAUUGGAUAGACAUCGUGGGUUCACGUUCAUCAGUUAUAAUAACGGUACUUCCUCAGCACGGUCUGAACCUUUCAAGCUGGCGUCCCCGUCAAAACAACCACCAAAGGUUCACGUGUAUUAAGGCCCAAAACGAAGUCAAAAACAUACAGCGCGUCGUUUAUAAGGUGUAUGUGCCGACAGUAGCAACCGGCGGAUAGCGGACCAUGAUUGGCUGUUGGGUCCAGACUUUCGGCCAAACGGGGCUCGCCUUGAUGAUGGAAUUGCAAACAGCCCGAUCUUCCGGUGUGAUAGGCUUCAUCGUUGUGGCAGCUCGAGUGGUAUCAGUGCGAAAUUCCGCUUAACACUUCCAUGACAGCACUGACCAAUGACAUUUCACGCGGAUGUUGUAGUUGUUUCGAUUGGCGCAGACGAAUGUGGAUGAAUGAGAUUCAGCUGGGUUCCAAGUGAGUCUCUCAUCAAAACCAAAUUAGUGUAUCAUCCCGGGGUGAACACCAUGCCUUCUAUAAAAUGUGAAUGUAACGG